AUGGCUACUAGGUCAUCUCUGCUACAACUGCUGGUCGUGGCAGUAGUCGCGGCGCAGUUUCUCGGGUCGGAAGCCGGCGGCAUUUCCAUCUACUGGGGUCAGAAUGGUGGUGAGGGCACGUUGGCUGCAACUUGCGCCACUGGCAACUACAAAUUUGUCAACAUCGCCUUCCUUUCCUCCUUCGGCAAUGGCCAGCCGCCAGUCCUCAACCUGGCAGGCCACUGCGUCCCAACCAACGGUGGUUGCGCCAGUCUGAGCUCCGACAUCAAGUCAUGCCAGAGCAACGGUGUCAAGGUCAUGCUCUCCAUCGGUGGCGGGGCAGGCGGCUACUACCUUUCCUCGUCCCAGGACGCCAAGAACGUCGCGACGUACCUGUGGAACAACUUCUUAGGAGGUACGUCAUCUUCGCGGCCUCUCGGUGAUGCAGUCCUCGAUGGCAUCGACUUCGAUAUUGAGGGCGGUACACCCCUGCACUGGGAUGAUCUUGCAAGGUUCCUAAAAGGGUAUAGCAACUCUGGUAGGAGAGUGUACUUGACUGCUGCACCACAGUGCCCUUUCCCUGAUGCAUGGGUGGGAGGCGCCCUCGACACCGGCCUCUUUGACUAUGUGUGGGUGCAGUUCUACAACAACGCUCCUUGCCAAUAUACUUCAGGAAGCACUUCCAAUCUAGCUGAUUCAUGGAAGCAGUGGUUGACAGUUCCUGCAAAGCAGAUCUUCCUCGGUCUCCCGGCAUCACCUCAGGCUGCUGGGAGCGGGUUCAUCCCGGCUGAUGACCUAAAGUCGGAUGUUCUCCCAUUGAUCAAGAGUGCGGGGAAGUACGGUGGGAUCAUGUUGUGGUCCAAGUAUUAUGAUGACCAGGAUGGCUAUAGCUCUUCGGUGAAGAGUGAUGUUUGAGAGGGUUGACUUUCAUCUGAUCCAUAUGAUUGGCACUUCCUUGUGUUGUGUGAGGACUUAUUUUAUUUCCCCUUGUGAUUUUUAAGUUAUUAUGUGGUGCUGGACUGUCGUGUGUAAUAUAAAUAAUUUUUUACUUACUUGGAUCUUUCAUUCUGUUAUCUACUAGCGUUUUCAAAUGAGGAAAUAUGGACUAAUGAUAAUUAGUUCAACAUGAAAAGGUUUGCAUGUCAUGGCUGGUUUUCAUUUAUAUUAAAUGGUGUUGGGUGCAAAGAGAACAAAUGCUAAAGCCUUUUUCGAACAAAGCUGCAAAAAAACAAAGAAACAUCGAAGAGGCAGCACAAUAAGAGAAAUCCCCACCCACGCCCAUAAAUAAUACUCCCUAGCUAGUACAACGUUGAGUCACUUAUUUUGGGAUGGAGGGAGUAGAACAUUACUCACCGCAUCCCAUGGUGGGAUCGACCAAAGUCAAGACACUCUCAAAAUCUAGAGCUGUUAAAAUCAUAGAAUGCUCAAAUGAACAAUGAUAAGGCGGCAAGGAUCUCGGAAACAAACUCGCGUGCGUAGGCGGAUGAGGAUGAAGUCAGGGAUGCACGAUUUUACCUGGGUUGAGGCCCCCAUGUG